CUCUUCGGCGGCCGGAAAGAGGCAAAGCUUGUCGUGCUGGCGCACGAGGACGCUGGUGAGUCGAGCCUUUGGAGAUGUUGAAGCUGUUGCACAUGGACGAGCCUGGGGAGCCAGAUCUGUGCCAAGAUGAGACAUGCUCGGCGAGGCAGCCACGCGCUCAGCGCCCGUAGAGGCCAGUGCACGGACGAACCGCCCGCCACAGUAUCUGCGUCUCCGCUGCCAGCCGUCGUGCACCUAUCAGCUGCGUCGCACAAAAGCUGCGCUGCUUCAAGGGAGAGCAUUGCUCUGGUCUUGUGCAAGGGAGACUUACGUCUGGCGCACGGACGUCACGCGAGUGCGCUGGGGCUGCUUCUGCGAUGCCGCAAGGCGCGCAGCGGCUCGUCUAUCGCAGCACACAGCAACGAUCUGCGCUUCGUACGCCCGGCAGCCGAUGCCGCACCAGCUGACGCCACUUCGCGCAGACGUCGUCCCGGCCGCGCUGCGCCAGACCCACACGCUUCCCAGUGCGCCGUCUGCCCACGCCUUUGACGCUCUCUUCGAGUCGUACCGCAGCGGGCUCGAGUCUUUCAGUGUGAGUGCUUCGCAAGGCAUCGACUCGCUCAUCGCGCUGCUGCACGGCGAGGACACCUCGGCGCACGAGCCGAGUGUCGAGCCGCUGCGCUUCGACGCGCACCUCGACGAGCUGCGCGCCAGCUACGGCGCCGACAGCAGCGCCUUUGCUGAGGCCAAGGCCAGCGUCUCGGCCGCUCUUGAGAGCCUCGUCGCUGGCGCCAAGGCCCACGCGCCGAACCUCGCGGUCGUGGUCCUGCCGCGUCGCGAGGCCUCUUCCGGUCUCGAGGCGCGCGAUAGUCUCGACGUCUUCUCCACGGCGCCGCGUGCCUCGCGUGCCGUGUCCGACGUCGAGGCCGACCCGCUGCUGGCGAAGCGUCCCAAGGAGAGCGACUACAUUGGCAAGUGCUUCAAGUCGGCCAAGGACCUCGAGAAGGCCACGGCCGAGUGCAGCGGCCAUGGCAAGGCCGUGCAGACCAACCAUGGCGCGCGCAAGUGCUACACGUGCCAGUGCAAGGCGAGCAAGCACAAGGGCCGCACCACGUACUGGGCAGGAGAGGCUUGCCAGAAGGUCGACGUCAGCGGUCCGUUCGUGCUCAUUGCCUCGACGGUGGUUGUGCUGCUCCUCGUCACGCUCGGCUCCGUCUACUACCUCAUGGCCGAGGGCAGCGCCGAGCUGCCGUCGGUGCUCACGGGCCUGAGCAAGACGAGCAACUGAGGGUGCACGCCUCUGGCUCCUUCUCUGGCUAAUCGAUGAACAGCAAGCUCACUGUAAUGAAGGAAUGACUAUUCCAUCAGUGCGCUGCAAGGGGGCAAGAAGAUGAGUCGACGA